GCCAUCGCACCACUACACACCAGACAAUUCUACCGUCCACAGUGAAAUGGCAAGAAAAACGGACGUCUCUUCCCUUUAUUACGGAGAACCACGCAAGUUUGACCCAACAUUUAGAGGACCAAUCUGCAACAGAAGCUGCACAGACUUGUUUUGCUGUGUGAUCUUCGUCAUCGUCAUCCUUGGAUACAUAGCACUGGGGGCUGUGGCGUGGCUACAAGGUGACCCCAGGAAGGUGAUCUACCCUACAGACAGCUACGGACAGUUCUGUGGGCAGAAGGGCACUCCAAACGCAAAAAAAUCCACACUGUUCUACUUCAACAUCCUGAAAUGUGCCAACCCUGCUGUCCUCAUCAACCUACAGUGCCCGACCACUCAGAUGUGUGUUUCCAAGUGCCCGGACAAAUUUUCCACCUAUACAGAUGUGCAGUUGCAAUACCAAAUCACUGCAGCGCCCUGGGACUACUACAGGCAGUUCUGCAAACCAGGAUUCAACAACCCAACAAAGCCCGUUGCACAAGUGUUACGAGACGAGGACUGUCCAUCGAUGAUCGUGCCUAGCAGACCAUUCCUGCAGCGUUGUUUUCCUGACUUCAUCACUCUGAAUGGAACCCUGACGGUGGCCAAAAGAACCCACUUCAAAGAUGCCCUGGACACAGCCCGCAGUGUGACUGAACUAAGAGACGCUGCCAAUGGCAUCACAGGUCUGGUGGAUGCUAAGGAGGUUGGGAUGAAGAUUGUGGAGGACUACGCCGCCUCAUGGAACUGGAUCUUAAUAGGUCUGGUGAUAGCUCUGGUGGUCAGUCUGAUAUUCAUCCUGCUGCUACGUUUCACUGCCGGACUCCUCCUCUGGUUCACCAUCAUCGCAGUCAUACUGGUCAUUGCAUACGGAAUAUGGCACUGUUACCUGGAGUUCUCCCUGCUGAGGCAGCAGCCCGGGGCAGACGUAACCAUCGUAGACAUCGGCUUCCAGACAGAUGUCAUGGUUUACCUGCAGCUCAGCCAGACAUGGCUCAUCUUCUUGAUAGCUCUGGGUACCAUAGAAGCCUCUAUCCUGAUUAUUCUUAUCUUCCUGAGGAGGAGAGUACGGGUGGCUAUCGCUCUACUGAGAGAGGGAAGCAAGGCCGUCAGCUACAUCAUGUCAACACUCUUCUACCCAAUCAUCACUUUCCUGCUGCUGGCCGUCUGCAGCUCCUAUUUUGCCGUCACCUCUGUAUUCCUGGCCUCCUCUGGAGAUGCCAUCUAUAAAGUAAUGGCUGCUGAGCCCAACUGCAUAUACGCAAACAAGACAUGUAAUCCUGACACGUUCAACAAGACCAACGUGUCUAAGGCAUGUCCGGGCGCCCAGUGUACAUUUGCGUUCUACGGCGGGGAGACGCCCUACCACCGCUACCUCUUCAUCCUCCAGCUGUCCAACCUGCUCAUCUUCCUGUGGCUGGUCAACUUCACCAUUGCCCUGGGACAGUGUACCCUGGCUGGGGCCUUUGCUUCCUACUACUGGGCCCGGAGGAAGCCCCAGGACAUCCCCCCCUGUCCCCUGUUCUCUUCAUUUAGCAGGGCCAUACGGUAUCACACAGGCUCACUUGCGUUUGGUGCUCUAAUUCUGGCCGUGGUUCAGAUGGCCCGAAUUAUCCUGGAGUAUCUAGAUUCUAAACUCAAAGGUGCCAAUAACAUGGCAGCACGCUUCGUGCUCUGCUGCCUCAAAUGCUGUUUCUGGUGUCUAGAGCGCUUCGUCAAAUUCAUGAACAGAAAUGCUUACAUUAUGAUUGCGAUAUAUGGGAAGGGCUUCUGCAUGUCAGCUCGAGAUGCCUUCUGCCUACUGAUGAGAAACGUAGUCAGGGUGGCGGUGUUGGACAGAGUGACUGACUUCCUACUGUUCCUGGGGAAAGUGCUAAUAGCAGGGAGUGUAGGCGUCAUAGCAUUCUUUUUCUUCACACACAAAAUGCCCAUCUUUCAGGAAGAAGUGCCGACCUUGCAUUACUACUGGGUACCUUUACUGACGGUGAUAUUCGGGUCCUAUUUGAUUGCUCAUGGAUUCUUCAGUGUAUAUGCAAUGUGUGUAGACACACUGUUUCUGUGUUUCUGUGAGGACUUGGAGAGGAAUGAUGGGAGCUCUGAGAAGCCUUUCCUCAUGUCCGCUGGGCUGCACAGUAUUCUGAGAAAAACUGACCACCACUGAGGGACACAAAACUGUCCUACAAACUAAUAGCUUUACUCUUCUGAGAUAUUUAGCAUGCUUUAAACUCAACAGAGCUGAACACUAGCUACCUACACUAUGCUGUCUAUCAGCUAGCAAGUAAUAUCAGUCUCUAAUGGACGAUGAGACCACUGGCUGUGACUAUUGCAACUCAAGAACCUUCUCAACUCUUCAGAAUGAACACUGACUGUGAUUUUGAGGGACUAUGAGACUCCUCCUAAGAACUCUUACAUUGACUAUGACAUUUGUGAUCAUUCAAAUAAUUAUUAGAAGUACAGGACACGGACAAUGAGACUAAUAAUGUGACUAUUAGGCAUGAAGACUUUGCUACUGCCUUACCUCAAGACUAGGAAUUUGCAGGCAGCAACUCUUUUGGAACAAGGUCAGGUGGUCAGACUUCACUGUGACUUGUUCAGAUAAUCCAACAAACUCGUAACUCUCUGGUGCAGUGAGAGAGGGAGAGACUUCUGGUUUGCUCCAAACACAUCAGAGGCUAUGCAUAUCCAACCUGCAGGACACUACUAUUGUCCCUAUCAUCUUCAUUCAUCCUCAGCAGCUAUACUGUAACUGCAGUUUACAUGAACAAGGGACCUUACUGCAAAGACAAGUGCAGCAGACUCUGACAGAACCCUAAAUUGUAGUCUGACCAACACUUGUUCUGCGGACUUUGUCUUUUAGCUAAUGCUCAAACUGGUUGAUUUAUGCUACUCAGUCAAUAUUCAUUACUAAUGGAGUUCCAGAUACUUAGCCACUAAAGGCUAGGCAACAACAGUGUCAAGGACAAUCAUGAGAAAAUUCUACCCUGUCACACUACUGCAGUCAACAGUGCAGUUUGCGGUCAAAACGUGAAACUGUGGUCACCUUUACACCCACAAAUGGGCUCAGGUACAGCACGGGUAGCCUGUAUUGUGUGUGUGUGUGUGUGAUACUACACUGUACGUGUAUGUCAGUGGAGGCUGCUGAGGGGAG